AUGGCUGACACGGGAAAAGGAAAGGCGGCUGGUGCUGCUGCUGUUGGCUCCUCAGCCACGGACAAACUCGGCGAAGCGGAGGUGCUGAACCUCGUCCUGGACUACCUGGCCACCAAGGGCUUCACGGAGGCGGAGCAGACGCUUCGCCAGUCAGUGUCGGCGUCUGGAGGGAGCCCGAAGAAGGGCCGUAACUCCAACCAACAGUCCGGGUCCCGCCUCGAGGACUUGCUGGAGAAGUCCCACGUCGCCCACUCCUUCGGCGCCGCCAGCUCGAAGCGUCGCCGCACUCACCUCGACGCCGUCCUCGCCGGGGUUUCGCCGGAUGAGGAAGAGGACGCGUCGACGGCUGCCGCGGCGGCGACGGCGGCCGAAACGACGCCCGACAAGGAGGUAAGCAUGGCGACCAAGAUCACUUCCUACAACCCCUGCAAGAACGACCCUUACGGCGCCAGCAGCAUGCCCAUCUACCAGGUGUCGACUUUCGCGCAGCCGUCGGCUACCACGUUCGGCGACUACGACUACACGCGAUCCGGCAACCCUACGCGUCUAGCUCUCGAGAAGCAGAUCUGCGAGCUUGAGGAGGGACACAAGGCCUUCGCCUUCAGCACGGGCAUGGCGGCCCUGUCCGCCGUGACCCGCCUCGUCAAGACGGGCCAGGAGAUCAUCCUCAACAACGACAGUUACGGCGGCACCUACCGCCUCCUCAGCAAGGUGGCUGCUCGCAUGAACGUCAAGGUGCGUUACGUGGACAUGUCGGGAAGUGCUGGUCCUGCCAACCUGGCCUCCAUCAUCACCGAGAACACCAAGCUCGUGAUGAUCGAGUCUCCCACCAACCCCAUGCAGCGCAUCCUCAACAUCCCGGACAUCUGCCGGGUGGCGCACUCGAAGAAGCCGAUCGUCCUCGGUGCGGACCUGAUCGUGCACAGCGCCACCAAGUUCAUCUCGGGACACGCUGACGUCAUGGCCGGGGUCGUGGUCUGCAAGAACCAAGAGCUUUCGGAGCAGAUCUACUUCUUCCAGAACGCCGAGGGUACCGGUCUGAGCCCCUUCGACUCGUGGCUGCUGCUCCGAGGAGUCAAGACCAUGCACAUCCGCGUGGAGAAGCAGCAGGAGAACGCCAUUCGCGUUGCCCGCUUCCUCAAGGCCCACCCCUGCACCACACACGUCUACUACACGGGCCUCGAGUCCCACCCUGACUACGACAUCCACACGGCACAGGCCAGCGGCGGAGGCAGCGUGGUCUGCUUCCGCACAGGCUCUCUCGCGUUCUCGCAGCACAUCGUAUCGGUGACCAAGCUUUUCAAGAUCACCGUGAGCUUCGGCAGCGUGAACAGCCUCAUUUCCAUGCCCGCAGCCAUGUCCCACGCAUCCAUCCCGGCGGAGGUACGCGCCGCCCGCGAGUUCCCCAACGACCUGGUGCGUCUGUCGAUCGGCAUCGAGUCUGCGGAAGACCUCAUCGCGGACCUCACCAAGGCCAUGCAGUCUUACACCGCUCCGGGCCCUUCAGCAGCCGCCAAGGCUGCGGCCGCCGCCUCCACUUCCGCCGAGCAAUAGUGCCGCCACUCGGUGCAGUGUGUAGAGGUGUCGCGUUUUUUUUUUUAAGAGACGCAAUUGCUGCUGCAUGCGUGUGUGUGUUACGUUAGCGCCGACCGGCUGACCAAUGAGAUAUAAAGUCAGAGGGGGGCACCAUGGAAGAAGUUGUUUGCGUUUGUGUGUGUGUCGAGAACAGACACAUGGGUGUGUCAAAAAGACACGAUGGCUUGAGUUGGAGGUGCGUCCUUGUGAUGGCGCGGCUCCUGCUUCAUGCCCACGAUUUUUUUUUUGUCGAAAACCGAGGUGUGUCGUGGGAAAGCCACGGCGGCCAUCGAGGCUUCGAUGGUAAAUGCACGUCGCAUCGUUGUUUUAUGCCGUUGCCAACCAGUUCUUUGUUGAGGAGGGCAAGAUUUGACAUGACACGGUAAUUUACUGAAUUGCAUUUGAUCAUUCUUUGGGUUUGUAGCUGUAUGGGAUGGGCCGAUUGUGCGCGGUACGGAUGUUCGUUAUCC